AGUACAUUUGUCUUUUAAUUUUUAUUUUUUAUGCUGUUAUUAUAGCUUGUUUUUUUCUCUUCAUUGUCAUACAGUAUUUGAACGUCUAGUACUAAUUCAUUUCACUAUAACCUAUGUGAAAACAACACCUAUUCCUCAAAGCAACAAACAUUAAUUUAACUGUAAACAAAACUGUUUAAAGACAGAAGUAAUGCAGUACAGAGAGCACCAAAUCUAACUGUGAGAUCUCCUAACCCCAUGUUCAAUAUAAUUCCAGAUCACUGAGCCUUGUAUUGAUGUUUAGCCCAAAUUUCAGGUAAAACACAGAAGUGCCUGGCUGAAGAUGAAGCAGGUAAAGGUUCAGGAAUUAUAUCUGUUAUGUCCUCUCUAUAGUACCAGAUUUUAUCAACAGGGAAUUUUAAACUGGGAUUGAAGAAUCUGUUAUCUCCAGCCUGGCUCACUGCAUCAGCUUCAGGUGAUGGUGGUGUAAUAUUUAGAAUGGCAUUUAGAUUUUUUUUUCUUCUCAUAAUAGCGCGCUGAAUUUUCCCUCCAUUUCUUCUGCUUUUGAUGAUCUUUUUUUUGUAUUUCUUUGGCUGAUUUUAAAAGUCCAUUGUGCUUUCUUCUUUGGUAUCUAAAAAUAGUUUUUAAAAAAUAAAUAAUGUUAGACUGCUUUGUUUGUUUUUUUGUUAACAUUUUAGAUUAGAGUGCAAAUAGAUUUAUGGCAUGUUAUUAACAAAACCGUAACGGCCUCUGAUGUUGGAAGUAAAUCAUAUAUUAUAUAUACGGGUCAUUCUCCAGUUCUGUGUACCAAUAGGCACUGUAACAUUUGAUCGAGAGUAUCUAUAUUAUUAAACAAAUAUAUAUUGUUCUAAAAUAUUGUAUGUGUUUUGGACAUUGCAUACACAUAAAAACAUAAACUGUAAAUUUCGACCAUGUGUUCCUACUUUUGGCACAAAGAACUGGAGAAUGAUCCAUAUACAGUGCCGUGAAAAAGUAUUUCCCCCCUGUCUGAUUUUCUGCAUUUUUGCAAAUUUUUGACACUGAAUGUUAUCAGAUCUUCAACCAAAACCUAAUGUUAGAUAAAAGGGCCCUGAUUGAACAAAUAACACAAAAAUUUGAUACAUAUUUCAUUUAUUUAUUAAAGAAAGUUGUGCAACACCCAAUGCCCCCGUGUGAAAAAGUAAUCGCCCCCUUAGACUCAAUAACUGGUUACGCCACCUUUAGCAAUAACUGCAACCAAACGCUUCCUGUAGUUGUUGAUUAGUCUCUCACAGCGCCGUGGAGGCCCACUCCUCCAUGCAGAACUGCUUCAACUCAGUGACAUUUGUGGGUUUUCGAGCAUGAACUGCUCGUUUCAGGUCCUGCCACAACAUCUCAAUGGGGUUUAGGUCUGGACUUUGACUAGGCUUGUAACCAGGAGGUCCCCAGUUCAAAUCCCACCUCAGCCACCGACUCAUUGUGUGACCCUGAGCAAGUCACUUAACCUCCUUGUGCUCCAUCUUUCGGGUGAGACGUAAUUGUAAGUGACUCUGCAGCUGAUGCAUAGUUCACACACCCUAGUCUCUGUAAGUCGCCUUGGAUAAAGGCGUCUGCUAAAUAAACAAAUAAUAAUAAUUUUUGAAUUCAGGACAUUCAGCAAUUCAAGACUAAUGUAUUUUUACCUGUGGAACUAAAGCUGUCAAUAUUCCGCCAUCUUGUAUGACAAGCUACAUGACAAGCUACGUCACUUAAACCUGCUUCACCACUGGUUGACACCCUUAUGACUAAUCGGUCUCAGUCAGUCUUGGUCGGCAACCGCCGCACACAGACAGACUGAUCACAUCUGAACGAAACUGCGUCUGAAAAAGAUUCAACAUGUUCAAUCUUCAAAUCUUGGUUUCAAGGGCACGCACACUGAUACGAUUCAUCCAAACUCUGUACGGCCAGAUGAGAUGAGUCGGGACGGCUUGAGCCGGGCUGUGUGCGGCGGGCUUUACACUGCUCAAGUAACAACAAGCAAAUGAGUGAAGCACAAAAUCAUUUAGUGUCUCGUAUCUCUGAGUUUACAGUGCCUAUAGAAAGUCUACACCCACUUUCAAAAUGUUCACAUUUUGUUGCCUUAUAGCCUGGAAUUAAAAUGCUUUAAAAUAGUUUUUUUUUUCAUUUAUCUACACAUCCUACCCCACAACUUCCAAGUGAAAAAAAAAUUCUAGAAAUUUGUAGAAAAUAAAAACUGAAAUAGCUUGGUUGGAUAAGUGCCCACCCCCCUUGUAAUAGCAAUCCUGAAUUAGCUCAUGUGUAACCAAUUGCCUUCAAAAUCACACACCAAGUUAAGUGGCCUCCACCUGUGUUAAAUAGUAGUGAUUAACAUGAUUUCAGGAUAAAUUCAGCAGUUCCUGUAGGUUUCCUUUGCUGGGUAGUGCAUUUCAAAGCAAAGACUCAACCAUGAGCACCAAGGCGCUUUCAAAAGAACUCCGGAACAAAGUUGUUGAAAGGCACAGACCAGGGGAUGGGUAUAAAAAAAUAUCAAAGGCCUUGAAUAUCCCUUGGAGCACGGUAAAGACCAUUAUUAAGAAGUGGAAGGAGUAUGGCACCAAGAAGACCCUGCAUAGAUCAGGCCAUCCCUACAAACUGGAUGACCGAGCAAGAAGGAUACUGAUCAGAAAGGCUACCAAGAAGCCAAUGGCAACUUUGCAAGAGCUACAGGCUUUUAUGGCCAAGACUGGUCAAAGUGUGCACAUGACAACAAUAUCCCAAGCACUCCACAAAUCUGGCCUGUAUGGUAGGGUGGCAAGAAGGAAGACAUUACUCAAGAAAGCCCACCUUGAAUUCCGUUUGAAGUAUGCAAAAAAACCUCAGGAGAUUCUGUAGCCAUGUGGCAAAAAGUUUUGUUGUCUGACGAAACUAAAAUGGAACUUUUUGGCCUAAAUGCAAAGUGUUGUGUUUGGGGCAAACCCAACACAGCACAUCACCCAAAGAACACCAUCCCUACUGUGAAGUAUGGUGGUGGCAUCAUCAUGUUAUGGGGAUGUUUCUCAUCGGCAGGGACUGGGGCACUUGUCAGGAUAGAAGGGAAAAUGAAUGGAGCAAAGUACAGAGAAGUCCUUGAGGAAAACCUGCUGCCCUCUGCAAGGAAGCUGAAACUGGGACGGAAGUUCACCUUUCAGCAUGACAACGACCCAAAGCACACAGCCAACGCUACACUGGAGUGGCUAAGGAACAAAAAGGUAAAUGUCCUUGAGUGGCCCAGUCAGAGCCCUGUCCUAAAUCCAAUUGAAAAUUUGUGGCAUGAUUUGAAGAUUGCUGUCCAUCAAUGCUCCCCAAGGAACUUGACAGAGCUUAAACAGUUUUGUAAAGAAGAAUGGUCACCUAUCCCAACAGACUCGCAGCUGUAAUUGCUGCCAAAGGUGCUUCCACCAAGUAUUAACUGAGGGGGGUGGAGACUUAUCCAAUUAUGAUCUUUCAGUUUUGUAUCUUUUAAUGUAUCAUUUUUUUCUCAAUAAAAACUUUUUUCACCUUAACAGUGUUGGGUAUGGUGUGUAGAUAAGUGGAAAAAAAAUCCUCAUUUAAAUGCAUGAAACUCUGAGGCACUGACACAACAAAAUGUGAACAAAGUUUAAUGGGGUGUAGACUUUCUAUAGGCACUGUAGUUUACCAGGUACAUCUGGUAAUAAGGAAGCAAUAUUCUUAAAAAAAAAAAAAAAAAAAAGCUAAGAAAAAUUGUACUAUGAAACGCACAACCUUUCAACAAAAUGUAUCAAUUGUGUUUAUUUAUGUGUAAUGCAGUAGAUGUUUUAGUAAUAAAAGUGCUGCUUAAUAUUACUGUAUAACCUUUUUAUGGCACAAAAAUUACACUGCGUUCUGUACACUUUAAGACAAUACCAAACCGCAUUAAAAGCAUAAGGUACUGGGGCACAACAUUACCAUUGAAGAUGUCAUGUUAAAGUGUUAUUCAUAAACCUGUCUCCAAUUUGUUUGCUUUUAGAUAUAUAGACAAGAUUUAUUUGGAACAAUUGCAGUUAUUUUUACUUUAUUUAUUUAUUUAUUUGUUUGUUUAUUUAUUUAUUUGUCUGCUCAUACUAUUGUAACUAAUGUUAACGCGUACAUUUAUACAAGGGAUGUAUUAUAGCAGUGUGACUAGGCUGAAUUCCACUGACCUUUCUUGAGCUAGCGUUUCAGUGUUUUAGUAUGGGCUCUUGCACUGGAAAGAAUUCUCAAUCACAGAGUUGUCAAAGAGCCAUUGUUCUCUGUGCUCUGACCAUGUGGGUCAGCUACAAGUGCCUUCGUAUCCUCCAGGGCCAAGAGCUGGCGAGGAGACUGGACUGGGCUGAGUUUCCUCCGAGGAUCAUGAAGCAUUCUUGCAUAUUUAUUCAUUGCUGAUUACCUCGCAGAAGAGAUUCUUCUUUCAUAGCAGGAAUUUCUGAGGAACAAGCAGGCUGAUGGACACACUGCCUCAUUAUAUCCCAAUAGACCCUGGGCAUUGACUCCUGUAUUGGAGUAGGACCUGCUACUCAGGGAGACUGACUGGGACCCGUGUGGAAUUGUUUCAUCCAAAAACCAUAAUGAAUUAUCUAUAAACUGAAUACCUUGUGCUGAAUUGUUGCUUUUCAAUCGGCUCAGCCUGUGUACAGUUGACACCAUGAUUCGUGAACAGGAGGCUGAAGACCUAGAAAGCCCCAAACGCAGUAUUCGUGACAGCGGCUACAUAGACUGCUGGGACUCGGAGCGCAGUGAUUCACUCUCGCCACCCCGGCACGGCAGAGACGACUCCUUUGACAGCCUGGAUUCGUUCGGAUCACGCUCGCAGCAGACUCCCUCUCCCGAUGUGGUGAUCCGGGGCAGCAGCGAUGGUCGCGGUAGUGAUUCUGAAUCAGAUGUGCCACACAGGAAGAUGCCGGACACGAGGAAAGAUGACAUGUUGGCACGGAGGACAUCUUGCAACGAGCCGAGAUCGGCAAUGCCCUUCAAUCAGUACCUGCCAAACAAGAGCAACCACUCGGCCUACGUCCCCACACCUCUGCGCAAGAAGGCGGCAGACGGGGAGGAGUUCCGCAAGAGCUGGAGCACCGCCACGUCGCCCAUCGGGGGAGAGCGGCCCUUCAGCCACCCCGAAACAAUCGAGGAAGAAAACUGUGAAGAUGAUGGCAGGGCACCAUGCAAGAGACGUGGAGGGCCAGAGGAUGACCCCAGAGCAGUGACGUCUCGGGUAGAUAACAUUCAGUGUCAAGAAAUCGGACAAAGCCAGUCCCAAACUGAUGGGCCGAAAAAGAGCCUACAGCACAUGUGGGAGGGAAAGGAUGAGGAGGAAGUGAAAAGGCUGCAGAGGCUUGAGAAGGCUGGGAUCAGGGUCUUGCCUGCAUCGGUGCGCUACAGCAGCCCAAAGCCAGCUAGUGAAGAAAGCCAGCCCGCCCCUCCGGAUAUAAUCCUCCGUCGAGAGAACGACUUUCUAAAGUCCCAGCAGGAGAGGGAGUCCGACUCGGAGGAGGAGGAGCAGAGACUGCCAGACAUCGAGAAGGACGACCUGGCUUCCAGGAAAGCCAGAAUGAACCAGCUCAAACCCAAAGUUCCACACAACCAGUUUUUGCCAAUGCCGUGCUCAAAGAGUGAAGAAAAAUGGGAGAACAUCAAGAAAGCCACCCACCGCGUUACAAGCAGCUCACUAGAUAGGCAACUGCAAGGCGUGACCAGUGAGAGUCAGACCCAGGUCCCGUCCCCAGGCCCCAGUGAGAUCCUCACGAGGAGGGAGAACCCCUUCCUCAAGCCCCUGCAGAAUGACUCUGAGGAGGAGGAGCAGGGGGGGCAGGUGACCGUCCCCAAUGUGCAGAGAGAUGACCUGGCCAAAAGGAGAGCUCAGGGCGGCCCUGCCCCCUACAGAGAGACCCAGCCCUUUGUAAAGGCCUCCAUUACUCAGUCUGACCUGGAGAAAUGGGAGAGACUCAAGCUAUCCACAGAUACCAGUGAGAGUCAGACCCAGGUCCCGUCCCCAGGCCCCAGUGAGAUCCUCACGAGGAGGGAGAACCCCUUCCUCAAGCCCCUGCAGAAUGACUCUGAGGAGGAGGAGCAGGGGGGGCAGGUGACCGUCCCCAAUGUGCAGAGAGAUGACCUGGCCAAAAGGAGAGCUCAGGGCGGCCCUGCCCCCUACAGAGAGACCCAGCCCUUUGUAAAGGCCUCCAUUACCCAGUCUGACCUGGAGAAAUGGGAGAGACUCAAGCUAUCCACAGACACCAGUGAGAGUCAGGCCCAGGUCCAGGUCCAGUCCCCAAGCCCCAGUGAGAUCCUCACGAGGAGGGAGAACCCCUUCCUCAAACCCCUGCAGAAUGACUCUGAGGAGGAGGAGCAGGGGGGGCAGGUGACCGUCCCCAAUGUGCAGAGAGAUGACCUGGCCAAAAGGAGAGCUCAGGGCGGUCCUGCCCCCUACAGAGAUACCCAGCCCUUUGUAAAGGCCUCCAUUACACAGUCUGACCUGGAGAAAUGGGAGAGACUCAAGCUAUCCACAGAUACCAGUGAGGGAACCUCAAAGCCCCUUUGCCAGGCUUGCAUGGACAAGGGUCUGCCUGCGAUAGAGGCAGAGACUGCCGCUCUGGAUGAUCUAGCCAGCCGCAGGGCCAGAGCAAACAGAAAGGCUCUGGGCAGCAAGCAACGUUUUGUACAUUUUGGCCCGGUGACAGAGAUAGAUCAGAAAUGCUGGGAGAAGCUCAGCAUUGCCAGGGCCGAAUCGGAGAGUGAGUCGGCAGGAUAUGGAAGCCAUAGUGAAGCUGAAGCCAGCAGAUGUCUUGUUUCGGCUGCUAGCUCUAGCAUUCAGCACAUUGAACAGGUCGCCAGUGAGCCUCAACAGUCAUUCAUAGCCAAGUAUUGCCCCGGGAGCUUUUCAUUUGUGCAAGCGGUCUGUACUCCAACUCGACAAGAGGGGGCACAGCGGCCUGCCGAGACCCAAGAGGACAGUGAAGAGGGGGGACAGGAGGAGAGGCAGCCCAAUCCCGAGAAAGACGACAUGUUGGCACGCAGAACUGGGGCCUUCCAGAAAACAAGCAGCAGCCCCACUUAUAACAAGUUCCUUCCUAUGCCUGCGUCCUUGCAGCAAAAGAAAGAGGGCACCAAAGGGACUAUAAAAGAGGAGAUGACAAAGCAGAGGUUAGACUGCAUAUUGACUAGCUCUGCCUUAUCGAGCCCGGAGGAUCAGUACAGACAAGUGACACCUACUUCCACAGCAACAGUCAGUGUUACUACCAAGGAGAGUCCUCGGACAACCGGAACGUUUCUUCAGUUGAGGAAACGGGAGAUGGCAAAAGAGGAGGAGGAGGAACAGGAGGAAGAGGCGGUGAAAGAGAGUUUUCCAGAUUUGGAAAAAGAUGACAUGAUGUCCUGUCGUGCUCUGGCUUUCCACAGACAGACAGCAACUGCUGCCAGUCAGUUCCUCCCAGUCCCAGCCUCUCAGCAGACUGGGACAAGUGAGGUCAGUCAGUGCCUCCCAGUCCCAGCCUCUCAGCAGACUCGGACAAGCGAGGCCAACAAAGACGAUGACAAGCCACGGAGGAGGCCAUCUUGGUUAGAUGACGAUCUCCCACCAACAUACAGCCACAGAGCUUCUGUAUCUGAUGAUGCAGAAAGUAUGAGCAUGAUUGAUAUGAGGUGUGAGGAGGAGGCGAUCCUGCAGCCGCACAGCAAGGCUCGCCAUGAGCAUCUGCACGAUUUACACAACCGCCUACGAGAAGAGGAGGAUAAGUGGCAGGAUGACUUGGCCCGCUGGAAGAACCGAAGGAGAAGUGCGUCUCAAGACCUGAUAAAGAAGGAGGAGGAGAGGAAGAAGGUGGAGAGGCUAAUGAGUGGAGACAGGGACUUGUCAGAAAGGAGGAAAAGCAUCAAGACCUACAGGGAGAUUGUCGAGGAAAAGGAACGCAGAGAGAAGGAGCUUCACGAGGCUUACAAAAACGCGAGGAGUCCCGAGGAAGCCGAGACCAUCCUGCGGCGCUAUACUCAGCGCUUUACAGUCAGCGAGGCUGUCCUGGAGGGACUGGAGAUGCCAAAGUUCCUGCAGAGGAGUCUGUCUGUGGAUUCGGACACCCCUUUGUCCCCCACAAAGGAAGCCUCCAACCCCAUGAAGUACCUGCGGCAGCAGUCCCUGCCAGCCCCCAAGUUCACAGCGACCGUGGAGGCCACCAUCUCAGUGGUGCCUCAGCCUCAAGUCAGCCCCCCACAGACCUCUCCCACUCAAACUGUUUCAACCAAGGCAGUGCCUAUCCUGAGCCCCAAGCCGUACUCGCAGCCCAAGAACUCCCAGCCAGGACUGCGGUCAUUCACGGUGGAUGGGAUAGUGAGAGUGAAUGGAGAGGCAUUCAGCGGAGCAGAGGCUGAAAAGGAAAGUACUCCGGUAAAGAUUCCCCCCACCAAAUCACAGGGGAUUGAAAGUACAGCCAGGGUGAAUACAGCCCCAGUGAAAUCACAUACGUCUCCGUUUAAGUCUCAAGAGAAUACUGAGGUUAAUACAUCGCCGGCAAAGAUCCAUUUGGAGAGCAGGGUCGAUGCCUCUCCAGUCAGCUCGCCAGAGAAACCCCCAGUAAAUUCACAGAAGGAUACCUGUGGAAUGGACUCUGCACCAGCAAGGCCAACAUCACUUCUAACUGAUCCAUGCAGAGAGAACCUUGUGUCUGAAGAGCAGGGGUUGUAUCUAAAAACCCAGCAAGAUAAGGAGACUGAGCCGUCACAAAAAGAUGAGGAGCGUGCUGUUCAGGCCUUAGAAACUCCGACCAGGUCUGUUGAGAUCAGUGUGGUGACUGAGCAGAAGGAUGAUGAUAACGAGAACUCCCCUAGAGAAGGACACCUGAAUGUGAACUAUCAGAGCACUGCUGUACUGAACACAGUGCAGUAUUCGCUGACAACAAAGCAACCAGAACAGAAAAAUGUUGCAUCAGAGACGAGGCAAGUGAGCCCCACUGAAAUCCUAACGUCAUACCUGCCAGUCAAAAAAGAGUUGACAAGCAGUGGCAGUGCUCUGCCCAGGGGUUGGGAGUCCUGUGUACAUCGGGAGUUUUUCACCCAGUCAGAUUCCGGCCCAAGUGAGGAAAACUCAAAUAUCCCAGUCCCUCCAUUCAGUCUGCCCAAACGCAAUGACUACUGGUCCUGGGACCCAGAGGAGGAGCGCAAGCGUCAGGAGAGAUGGCAGCAAGAGCAGGAACGCUUGCUUCAGGAGAAGUACCAGCGGGAGCAGGAGAAGCUGAAGCAGGAGUGGGAGAGAGCCCAGAAAGAGGUGGAGGAGGAGGAGCGCAGGUACCAUGAAGAGGAACGUAAGAUUCUUGAGGAGACAGUGGCCCCUUUGACACCCCGUUCGUCCACACUGUCCUCCCCCAGCCGCAGUGACCAGCCUCUUCUCCCCCUGGACCCCGAGGGCCCUAUAGUGAUGUCGCUGGCAGACUGGGAACGUAAGCAGGAGCUCCUGGAGAAACAGGCGCAGAGGUCUAAGGCAGAAGCUUGUGAGAAGGAUGAAAAGCCAAGGCAAACUACUAAUCAGCAGGCUGUUGCUAAGGAACAGGAGCCCACUGUGAAGACAGAAGAACAAGUGAAAGUGACAGAAAGUUCACACUCGCACACAGAAACACUUGCCCAGAGCAAGAAAAACAGUCAGAAGCUUCUCUCAGACAACAGUAAUCCGGCAGCUUCCGAACUCGAGUUCAUUUCAGGUGCAUCAUGGAACAACAAGCAGCCCCGUACGAAGCAGCCAGUGGAGGUCUGGAGAAAGACGGCCUCUCUGGAUCGAAGCUGGAGUCAGACCGCCGUCGCGGGAGGAAUGAAAAGGUCUGGGUCCUAUGAAAAUUUAGGAACAACCCCAUCUAAGUCAUCUCCAUGUUCACCUAAUCUUCAAACCCAGUCACCCAACAGGUCUAUCAGUGGAAAGAAGCUGUGUUCCAGUUGUGCACAACCCCUUGGAAAAGGAGCUGCCAUGAUCAUUGAGACACUCAGCCUCUACUUUCACAUCCAGUGCUUCAAGUGUGGGGUCUGCAAGGGACAUCUAGGAGAUACAACCACAGGGACGGAUGUCAGGAUUCGCAAUGGUAUUCUGAACUGCAACGAGUGUUACAUCAGAUCCCGAACUGCUGGGCAGCCCACAACAUUGUGACAUCAUCAGCUUGAAACCGGUCGACAGGAAGUGUGACUAAGAAGACUUCUCUUGUUGACAGCUGUACCAGCCAAUCACUUGGAAUACCACCCAUGGACCUUUGCUUGUGGAAAUACUUCUGUCACGUUUCAUAACCUGCCUUUGUAUUUUCUGACCGCUAAUAGCUGACCUUCAAGCUAGGCUUAAUCAUGACAAGCAUAAUAUUUCAAAAUAUUAUGCUUGUCAUAACACUUGAGUAUUCUCUACUAAAAUCAACAUAUGUAUCUACUGUUAUAUGACUUGUAGGCACUAGUUACUUGGUCUUUAUACGAUAAUAUUGGAACGUGAAGAUGCAAUAAUUAUAUAUUACCUAUCUCUUAUAUUUAAGAACAACUAACGCAUUGUCAUAAAUAAGUACAUUUUAAUUGGGCAAACUAAAAAUAAAGAGAAUUCUUGUUGAAUGUAUUAAUCCAACUUGAAGUAUUUCACAUUUUAUGAAAACACUGGCAAAAAAGUGUAAUGUGCUAAUGGAUUAAUAUUUUAUUUUCACCUUGAAAGUUUCAGGUAGAAUAAAAGGAAUGCAGCAAUGCUGGUUGAGUAAUUAUUGCACCUUUAGUUAAUCAAGUUGUUUGUUACUCACUGCCAUUCAGAAAACCAUUCAGUUUGACACUCUAAUCAUGCGAUUAACAAAGCCAGAAUGUCUGGUUUGAAUAGGUUUAUGAGGAUUGAGUUAGAAUUUGUAAAGCAUCUGCAGUUUCAGUACUGCAACUUUGAUAAGAAAAGUGUGGCCAACAUAAGUGAGAAUGUCAAAGGCAGGCAAAAAUAUAUUAUAAUAAUAAUAAUUAUAAUAAUAAUAAUAAUAAUAAUAAUAAAAGAGCUGUCUGUUGGUUCGGGAUGUUAACAACUUGCCAUUUAAAUAUAAAUUUGUAUUGCUGCUGAAAUGUCUAAUUUCAUUUAAUUAACUAAAUAUUAUCCUUCAUUUCAAAAUAUAGUAUUUACGAUUUUUUUCAAUUGGAGCACUUAGCUUAGGCUUCAACUUUACUGUUCUGUUUCCCAGAGGUGAUUUCUAGUCUCCAAAUCAUUUUGGAUAGCACCUGAUGUUUUGAACCAAGUUAAGUAUUUAAUCCGCCUUAAAAUAUAAUAUUGCUCAAAUGUAAUAAUAAAAAAAACAUUUUUAUUUUUGUGCGCACACAAAUAUACAUCUGUGGUUAUUUUAAGUGUCAAAGCUGGUAAAUAUAUAUAUAUAUAUUUUCUUUUUCUUUAUCUAAGCAAUAGGUUUCUAAGUUAGCAAUAAUGUCAUGUAUUUACACAGUAGGGAGAGGAUUUGCAUGCUUGCAGAGUGUUCAUGCAGAGAUCUAUUGGAAUGUUUGCUGUUUUGCGUUUUGUUUGUGUGGGCGUGUUUUCAAACCAUUGUUGGUGUGUUUUUUUUUUUUUUUGUAGUUGUAGUUUUUUUGUUAGAACAUCAUCCUUGAGACUUUAUUGCAUUAAACUCGUGCCUUAGAAAACGCAAGCGGUUGCACACAAAGUGGAAAGUUGGGUAUAGAGCAAACCCACCCAAAGACAAUGGCUUCAGGUCUAGCAAGCAAUUGAGCAGGGCUGCAGUCUUGAAGAAAUUCUGAAUCAUUUAAAAUUGACUAAAAAAAUAAAAAAAUAUAUGUAUAAUUUUGCUGACGUAAGGUCCUGCCUGCUGCUGUUCAUAGACUAUGAUACAUUAUUGCACCCAACAUGUGACAUUUACGACUUUUGAAACACAAAUGUUUAUAACAAAAUUAAUUCUUACAUUUCUUGUACUGCUUAUCGUUGUAUGGAAAUUUAUUACAUGUUACUUUGUAUGUAAUAACACAUCAUGUAUUUGUAUGUAAUAACACAUCCUGUAUUUGUUUCAUAGCCAUAUUUGUAUGUAAUAACACAUCCUGUAUUUGUUUCAUAGCCCCAUUUGUAUGCUUUAUGAUUGUUUUGUGAAUUUAUAUAAACCAUGUUUUUUUUAAUAUAUAUAUAUAUAUAUAUAUAUAUAUAUAUAUAUAUAUAUAUAUAUAUAUAUAUUUGUUUGUUUGUUUGUUUGUUAAACUCUGAAGCACAGUUUUACAAGCAUUUAAUAAUCAACCACAGUCCAUGCAGUAUAUUAUUCACCAGCAUAGAACACAGUUGAUCGCUGUGAAGCCUGUAGCUGCCAACAUAGAGUCCAUGUCUUGCUGAGGUUAUCCUGUUGUGACUCUGUUCAGUCUGGAUUAUGCCAAGUUUAGCAGAAGCAACAUUAAAGUGGUGGUUAUGUUAAGCAUUGUUUCUUUAUAAUUUCUGUAACUUGCAGUAAGAUUGCAUUCAGUUUAUAGUAUAUAGCUAGCUACCCACUCUCAUGUUUGUUUCCCUCCUUAGUAUGUGUAUUAAGUGUAUUUAGCUAGAAUAAAGGUAUGAAAUGAAUAGGGGAGUCCAUCAAUGAUGGACCAGACAAGGACACUCUGUAUUGUGGAGUAAUAUUGUAUGGGGUCUAAAGUUGAAAACAAUGAUGAUACCUGUGUUCAAGUUCUGUAUUUAUUGUGAUAUUCCUCUAAAAAACAAUUGAUUAAAAAAAAAAAAAUCAAAUGCAAUGGGUUUUAUAGUAAAUGUAUGUUUAUAAAUAAAAUGUUUAAAAUUUGCAUUAA